CAUGCAGGAAGUAGAAAAGACAACAUAAGGAAGUUGGAGGAAAGGGGGGGAUUUAUACGUCCAUGACUGGAAGACAGAUCUGGCAUAGCUACUAGUAGUGAGUUUACUUUACUUAAAAAUAAAUUGCAGCACAUAGAAACGAAACAUUUAAAAAACAUGUCUGUGCAUCAGAUAAUAUAUGAUGGAAAUAAUCAGGAAGCUUGCCGCUAAUAUAACGUUAAUUCCUCAGAGUUCAAUUAGAAACCAUCAUAAGACAAUAAUGUCACGACGACUUAAUGCACGCAGAACUGAAGGUGUCGAUAAAAACGUUUGGGUGGAAUUCACCCAAAUGGCAGCAGACUACAAGGCAGUGAACCUUGGACAAGGAUUUCCUGACUUUUCCCCUCCCCAGUUUGUCCAAGAGGCUUUUUGUAAAGCUGUGAGUGGAGGACCACAAAUGCACCAGUAUACCCGAGCUUUUGGCCAUCCUCCUCUUGUAAAAAGUCUGGCUAAAUUCUUCAGUAGGAUUGUGGGACAUCAGAUUGAUCCUCUUGAAGACAUCCUGGUUACAGUUGGAGCUUAUCAAGCUCUCUUCUGUGCAUUUCAAGCUCUGAUUGAUGAAGAGGAUGAGGUCAUAAUUGUUGAACCGUUCUUUGACUGCUACCAGCCAAUGGUGAAGAUGGUUGGAGGAAAAGCAGUUUAUGUACCUCUGAGGCCAAAGGUUGAGGGAAGGGCUGUCCUGUCAAGUGGAGAUUGGGUUCUUUCUGCUGAGGAGCUGGCCAGUAAAUUUACUCCACGCACAAAAGCCAUUGUUAUCAACACUCCAAACAACCCACUGGGCAAGGUUUACAAGACUGAAGAGCUCCAGAUGAUAGCGGAUCUGUGUAUCAAACAUGACGUGCUGUGCAUCAGUGAUGAGGUGUACGAGUGGCUGACUUAUGAUGGAAACAAGCAUGUAAAGAUAGCCAGCCUCCCUGGCAUGUGGGAACGAACCAUCACCAUUGGCAGUGGUGGAAAGACCUUCAGUGCUACUGGCUGGAAGGUUGGCUGGGUCAUCAGCUCUGGGCAUCUCAUCAAACACAUGAAAACCAUCCAUCAGAACUGUGUUUACCACUGUCCUACAGCUGCUCAGGAGGCAAUAGCUUGCGGAUUUGAGCGAGAAUACCAGCUGUUUGGGACUCCAGAGAGCUACUUCCAGCAGCUGCCUGCAAUGUUUCAGCAGAAGAGGAAGAAGCUGGCCUUGUGUCUGGAGCGUGUGGGUUUGCAGCCCAUCAUGCCAGAAGGAGGAUAUUUUAUGAUCGCGGACAUCUCUUCUGUUAAGGUGGCCUUAAACGACCAGAGCACCCAGGAUGAACCCAAUGACUUCAGAUUUGUUAAGUGGCUAACUAAAGAGAAGGGUUUAGCAACCAUCCCUGUCUCUGCAUUCUACAGUCCAGAGCACACCAAGGAGUUUGACAAAUACAUCAGAUUCUGUUUCGUCAAGGAGGACUCUACCCUGGAUGCAGCAGAGGAAAUCUUGAUUAAGUGGAGUCGGGGACAGUAAGAUCAGCCACGAUGAGAAGCAUUAGUCUGCGUUAAUACUAAAUCAGACGUUCAGACUGCAGGGGAUGCACACAAAAAA